UAAAUAUAUUAAUUUUAGAAAAUACUAAGGCCUUGGCUUUCAAAAUUUUUCUUCUUGAAGGAAAAAAGGGAAAAAGAAAAUAAAAACUGUCUUAUUUGGCUCUCGAAUCCCUCCCAUAUUCCGCCAUGGAAGCACCUUGAGAAACCCUAACUGAAUCCCUUUCACGUUCUUCGCUAAGCUCAAGCAAACGGCAAAUGGGUUCUCUUGUGCCUUUCCAAGACCUCAAUCUCUGCCCGGAACCACCGCUACCCGCCACCGUGAACAUCUCCACCUCCGCUUCACCUAGCGCCACCAUCAACAGGACAACCACCUUCAAUUUCUUAACACCGAAGAUUGAACCUAAGCAAGAGCCUUUCGACGAACCAACACCAACACAGACUAUUCACCAAGAAGAAAACUUUCUCUUCUCUGUUUCCAAUUCUACCCCUGAUUUCAUCCCUAAUCCCGAAACUACCGCUCCGGCUAACGCUUCCUCUUCCGCCGAUGACCAAAACGCUCUCUACUCCGAAUAUUUCCGAAUCUCCGAGCUUUUCCGCUCUGCUUUUGCUAAAAGGAUACAAAAAUACGGCGAUGUCGAAGUACUUGACCCGGAUUCUCGGGCCAUCGUACCCGUACCCGAACAGUCUCAACUAACCCCCGAAACUAGCCCAACCGACGGUUCCAACCUGGAACGAGCUUUAUCCGUCGUCGUUUCUCGUAAGAAGGCGGGAAGAUCCAAUGAGCUGGUUCGGGUUACGAAUUUGGGAAUCGAUGACCAGAGGCAUUUUCGUGACCUUGUUCGAAGAACCCGAAUGAUGUACGAUUCCCUCCGCGUUUUAGUCAUUUCGGAGGAAGAAAAGAGAACCGGACCGGGAAACGGUCGACGGGCUCGCGGAGAUUUGAGGGCAGCUGCCGUCAUGAGGGAUCGAGAACUGUGGUUGAAUCGCGAUAAAAGAAUAGUGGGUGCAAUCCCAGGUAUUGAAAUUGGUGAUGUAUUCUUCUUUAGAAUGGAGCUUUGUGUGGUGGGGUUACACGGACAAAUUCAAGCUGGGAUUGAUACCUUGCCUGCGAGCCAGAGCUCGAGCGGAGAGCCAAUUGCAACUAGCAUUAUUAUUUCCGGUGGGUACGAGGAUGAUGAAGAUUCCGGUGACUCGAUAAUAUAUACCGGCCAAGGUGGGCAAGAUAAAUUUGGAAAGCAAUGUAUGCAUCAGAAGCUUGAAGGAGGGAAUUUGGCACUAGAAAGGAGUAUGCAUUAUGGGAUUGAGGUAAGAGUGAUUAGAGGGCUUAAAUAUGAGAAUCGAGUUUCGGGCAAAGUGUAUGUUUAUGACGGUUUAUAUAAGAUUCUUGAUUGUUGGUUUGAUGUGGGAAAGUCAGGGUUUGGGGUUUACAAGUUUAGGCUGUCGAGAAUUGAGGGGCAACCUGAGAUGGGUAGUUCGAUAAUGAAGUUUGCUGAGAGUCUUAGGACUAAGCCUUUGUCUACUAGGCCAAUGGGGUAUUUGACUCUUGAUAUUUCCAUGAAAAAGGAGAGAGUUCCGAUCUUUCUUUAUAAUGAUAUUGAUAAUGAUCAUGAUCCUAUGUAUUAUGAUUACCUUGUGAACACUGUGUUCCCUCUUAAUGUAUUUGGUCAAGGGAGUAAUAGUACUGGAUGUGAUUGUGUUUCGGGGUGCACGGAAGGUUGUUUCUGUGCUAUGAAGAAUGGGGGUGAUUUUGCUUAUGAUUAUGGUGGAAUUCUCUUGAGAGGGAAACCGGUGAUAUUUGAAUGUGGAAAUUUCUGUCAAUGCCCACCAUCUUGUCGGAACCGCGUUUCACAACAUGGGCUUAGAAACAGAUUGGAAAUAUUUAGGUCAAGGGAAACGGGUUGGGGAGUGAGGUCCUUGGACUUGAUACAAGCAGGUGCUUUUAUAUGUGAAUAUGCAGGGGUUGUUCUCACAAGGGACCAAGCGGAAGUUUUCAAGAUGAACGGUGAUACUUUGAUUUACCCCAAUCGUUUUUCUGAACGAUGGGCCGAAUGGGGGGAUUUGUCUAGGAUAUUUCCAGAGUAUGUGUGUCCAUCAUACCCCUCAAUCCCACCUUUGGAUUUCGCAAUGGAUGUAUCGAGGAUGAGGAAUGUUGCUUGUUACAUUAGCCAUAGUUCCAGUCCGAAUGUGCUGGUGCAGUGUGUGUUGUAUGAUCACAACAACUUGAUGUUCCCUCACCUUAUGCUUUUUGCAAUGGAGAAUAUCCCUCCUAUGAGAGAGCUUAGCAUAGAUUAUGGUGUAGCUGACGAAUGGACUGGGAAGCUUUCUAUCUGUAACUAAAUGUCUUAAGAGGAAUAUUUUGGAUUUUGAUGUGGUGCAGCCGGGCAGUGAGACAUGAUAUACUGAGUCUAGUUGCCUGCCAUGCCUGUUUGUAGGAGCUAGGAAUGUUAUUCCUUUGUGCAACUUCAUGGUGUAUACCUCAAGUAGUCGGCCAUAUGCAGGAGGAUGGAACAUUUGGCACUCAUAGUUCUAAAUGAAUGCAGUUGCUUAUCUCCUAAGUGCAUGUUUUGUUUUCCACAGAGCAAUGUAUUUUUUUUUUGUAAUAUAUAUGUUGUUGUAUUAGUCUACAUCUUGUUUCGUCUUCCCUGUCCAAUUCUACUGUUUAUGUCUGCCUCAAUUCUAUGAAUUUAUUCUUUUCAAUUGUUCCUGCUCGUAAAUUUUAAGUGCCGUAAUCGACAAAGUUGUUAUUUGGUUAGUUCAUUAUUGGAUUCUUCCUUGACUAGCCAAACAGGUCAUUCGGUUUUACAAGAGUUCAUGACAAAUUGAUUUGUCAUCUAUAAGGGAGGACUUUAGCUGAAGGUGGGAAUUGGACAAUGCCAUCUAAAACUGUUUGUUGUAGCCGUAUUAUCAUAGUCAGUCCCUAUCGAUGGUUAUAAAAUAUGGAAAUCAAUGAAAGAAACUUUUGGGAGGUUAUGGUUGCUACUACAAUAUGUUGCUGACAAUGGUUUUACAAUCUUUCUAUUUCUGGACCUUUUUCAACAUGCUUUUUCUACGACCCGAAAAUAGUCGCCUUCCUUGUGCUUUUGUAACAACGAAAAUAGUCAUUAGCCUUGUGCUUUUGUAAGAUUGUACUCGUAAACUCUGAACUACGAAUUUUUUAUUUUUCGUUUUUAAAAAUUUUCCCUUUACCCAUUUGUACUUAUGAGGGUCCAGAACAUGGACACGUUUGUACAGGCAUUGUAUUGGUGUGUUUGUAGUUGAAAUCUCCAAUGUUUCUUUCGUUUCUAAAAUAUGGACUUGUUGAUUUAUCUGCUAUUAUCUGAUGCAUUCUUGACAUAGAUAUUCUUAAAUUCUGUUAUUAGUAUUUGUACUGAAGAUUUAGUCUUUAUAUUUUUCAGUGAUUGUACUUCUCGAAUUGGUUGAUUUUUGUAGUCCUCAAUUAAACAGUAGCAGUAAAAUUUGUUUGGGUAAAUUAAA